CUCCGCGACUUCUGAGAUUUUUGAGGUCCCUUCUUUAAUUACACCAACGUAUCCCAGCGCAAGGGCAUCAAAGAUCUUCACGCUGCUUGGUUUUCCAAUAAAACAAUAGAACGGUGCUCAACAUUCAUCAUAGCACCUAUUAAUAAACAUUUGGUUGGUUGUUGUUGGAUGAGAACACAAUGAUUAAAUGAAUAUGAGAAACACCCCACUUUUUUUCAUCUCAAAACUACCGGAGUAUAUAAGUUUUUAUCUGGAUUUUUCUGUGUCAUAACCACCUAAGAUUCCUAAGUUUUGAUUGUUGAAGAUGAAGGAAUAUAAUUUACGAUGCUAUUCGACCAUAGUAUUCUUCAUUGUCUGGAUAAAUCAAGCAUAUUGUGGUGACAACGAUUAUAAUGUAAUUCACAACGAUGGUUCCUACGAGUUUGGUGGGGAUUCCCCUGAUUCAUAUCACUACGCUCAAGCUAACAGAAAAAAUGUUGUAAGGGGAGAGUUUGGGGGUAGAAAUCCAAAAACAGGAGAUAUCGACAGAACAAUCUACACAGCAGGCCCUAGAGGUUUUCGUCCAAGAGGUAAGAACGUUGUUAGAAAGUACGACCUCAACCAGAGUGGACCAAGACCUGUGGGUAGUCCAGAUGAUCCUUACUACGAUCCCUACGAAGACCCCAGCUACAACUUUGGAUUCAAAACUAGAACCCACACCAGAGAAGAGAACGCAAACAGAGUAGGUGAUGUCACAGGAAGAUAUUCCUAUGUUGACGAUGUAGGGGAGAGACAUAAUGUUGAAUAUAUAGCUGGAAAAAGGACAGGGUUCCAUGUUAAAACACCAUUUCCUGAUUCCAAUCCAAGAGCAUACGGCCCUUUGUAUUUCAGAGGUAGAGGAAGACCUAUACCAAGAGGAAGAACCUCGAUACAAAGAGGACUUGAUGGGAGCUACAGAUUUGUAUCUGCUGGACCAGAUCAAAGACGUACCGAAGUAAGUGAUUCAACUGGUCACGUAAGGGGAUCAUACACAUACCUGGAUGAGAAGGGAGUGCAACACUCAGUGCAUUACAUAGCUGGACCUGAAACUGGAUACAGAGUGUUGAAAAACGUCAAAGGACCUCACCUACCCACUGUAUUUCCAUUCGGAAGACCAGACAUAAUAUCCCCAGACUUCUACGAUGACUACAAUAAAGACAUAGGAGAUGUUGGAGACAUCUUCGGUUCAUCCGGAUCAUCAGCAUCUGGAGAAAAACCUGGUGGUUCUGGUGCUACCAAACCAGGGGGCUCAUUGGGAGAAGGGAUUGACGUCGGUAAAGAUGAUUUCGACAAAUAUGGAGGAGGAGAUUCGGAAAGCCCAAAGCCAUCUGGAGGCGGUUUCGACAAUUAUGAUGAUUACGAUUUAUUCGGCGAGGGUAAUAAACCUAAACCUGGAUCCCCAACUUCAACAUCAAGACCCGUCGCUGGUGAUGCAAAUAAAGGAGGUGGAUACCCCAGUAGCACCACACCAGCACCAACUGACUUUGGGGAAUCUACAACAGCUGGAUACGGCCCAACAACUAGUGGUUAUGGAGGAAGCUCAGAAAAACCAAACUAUGGAGGGGUACCUAGUGGUUAUCCUUCUGGAGAAGGUGCUUAUCCAGGAGAUUCUGGAAGACCUGAGAAACCUUUGUUGGAAUACGGACCACCAGGUUUCGGUAAACCUACUUCUGGAGGUAAACCAGGCGGAUAUAGACCUGGUGGCUAUGAUUCCAAUGAAGUAGAUGAUGAUUUCGGCCUCUUUGGCAGUCCUUCAGGGCAUGGCCUCAGACCGCCUGGAAAACCAGGUUUUGGUAUUCAAGUUGGCGGAGGAAGUUCUAAUGGUGGUUCAUGUCAGAAAUGUCAGGGUACCAUUGUGACCAACGUAGGAGAUAAAACAUUCACAGUUCCUCCUGGUGUUUCAGUCAGAGCUCAUGUGCAGACGAUAGACUUAAUACCGUAUGAAUCAAAAAUACCAUCUCCUAGUGACCAAAUGAGAGCAGACAUGUCCAACCUUAGAACUGAAGAACUAAAUGCUGAAGAUGAUAAAAUCAUUGAUGACAAAGGUGAAACUAUAUCGACUACUGAGGAUAUUACAGAGUUGACAACCAAGAGUACCAACAUUUCUGAAACCAAUAGUACGACCAGCUAGUGAUAUAUAAAUAAGGACCUCACCUUUUGUAUUUAUUUGUACAUUGAAUAUUUAGAUCUGUACAUACUUACAAUAAGUAAAUAAAAUAACUUAUAGUUAA